AUGAACUACUCUGUCGUCUUCGACAUAGAGCGCGACAUCGACUACUCGGCAGCUUCGCUUUGGAUGAAGGAAAACUGGCACGUGACGUUCUUCUACGGAGCCGCCUACGUCAUCUGCGUGUUCAUCGGUCGCCAUCUCAUGCACGCGCGUCCGGGAUUCGAACUGCGCCGACCGCUGCUCGUCUGGAACGCCUCCCUCGCCGUGUUCAGCCUCAUGGGGGCGCUGCGUACGGUGCCCGCGUUGCUAUGGGUGAUCAACACGUACGGGUUUAAGUAUUCGAUAUGCGACGAUUGGUUCACUCGGGGUGUCACCGGAUAUUGGACCUUCUUGUUCAACGUCAGCAAGUGUCCGGAGCUCGUCGACACUCUCUUCAUUAUUCUGCGCAAGCGUCGACUCGUCUUUCUGCACUGGUACCAUCACGUGACCGUCCUCGUCUACUCGUGGUAUUCGUACUCGGAAAGCACGGGCGCGGGUCUGUGGUUCAUGUCUCUUAACUACAGCGUGCACGCUGCCAUGUACGCCUACUACGCUCUACGCUCGGCCGACGUCAGACUCCCCCGCUGGGUCUCCGUCGCUCUGACGUCAUGCCAGCUCGCGCAGAUGGUCGUCGGCAUGGCGGUUAGUUACGUCGCCUGGCAGCUGAAAUCGGCCGGGGAAGCGUGCGCGGGCAGCGCAGUUAGUUUGAAAUUCGGGUUGCUUAUGUAUGUGAGUUAUGCGGUGCUGUUUGCGCAUUUUUUCUGGGGCGCUUACAUACAGCCGCAGAAACCGCCAAUGUCCUUGACGGAGGUCGAUGCGAGCGAGCGGCGCAUGCGCAAGAAUCAGUGA